AUGAAGAGGAGCACAACAGGCUUGGUGGCUCUCGGAGUCAUUCUCCUGUGCUUGACAUCCUCGUCGCAAGGCAGCAGAGUUCUCCAGCAGCUCACAGCUGUCAGCACCGGCGGCGGCGGCGGCACUUUCUCAAGCAAUCCAGGGGGCGGCGGUGCGAGGGCCAAUGCUGGAACCAGCAACAGCACGGAAGUGAGCAACAAUGCACGGCCGUUUGGCGGCGGCGGCGGCGGCGGCGGCGGCGGAUUGGUUCAGACCAGCCUGGGUGCAUCCAAUGGGUUCACCUGCGCCACUGCUGCUUGCGCUGUGAGGGGCUGA